AUGCCUCGUGACUUCACCGAGAUGGUAGGGGUCGGUGUACAACUUGAAGAAGGAAUAAAGGAGGGAAGAGUGGCAAGUGAUAAUUAUGCAUUUGCUAGUAGUACCAAAACGUUUGGUGGAUGGAAGAAAAAUAAAGAAGGAGAUCCUAAUGCUGCUUCCCACCAUAGACCAAGAAAUAUAAGACAACAAUAUCAACCAGCUGCCCAAGCAGCUCCAGCUCCGCAAGUGCAACAACCCAUGCCAAGCUACUAUCAACAACCCUCGGUGGUUGCAAUGGCACCAGGGGAACCUAUGAUUUGCCGCAACAAUAUCAUCCUUAUCCACAAUAACCACCGCCUCAGUAUCAACCGCAACGACAACAACAACAACAACAACAGCAAAGACAACAAACAUCUACAUCUUCUACUCAACAAAAUCCACGUCCUUCAAAUACUCAAUUCCAAAAAGCGUGCCGCACCACCAGUUCCUGACAAGUUGCCUAGACGGUAUAACCCUAAUGAACAUUAUGCUUUCCACUCUAACGCACCUGGGCAUGACACUGAAAAUUUCUUCGUAUUUAAGGGAAAAGUUCAAGAACUUGUGAGAUUGGGGUUGAUUAAGUUUGGUGAUAUGCCAAAUGUGGAAACCAACCCAUUUCCUGAGCAUGGGGCAGUGAAUAUGGUUACUGAAGAUGAGAACUUGAUUAUGGAUGUCGUGAAAGUAAAGACUUUGUUGGUGCAUGUGCACCUCAAGGUGUUCAAGGUUAGUGGAAAGAAGAAGAACGAUGAAGUAUUUGUCAUAGUGUUUGUCUUUAAAAAGCCAAAAGCUUUUAAGAUAUUUUGUCCAUGCAGGGAAGGUACGCCUUCUGUCAUCUCUGCUAAGUGCUUAGACAUCAAAAUGUCAGCUCCUUUUCCCUACAAAUCUGAUAAAGUUGUACCAUGGGGAUAUGAACCCACUACCACCCUGAAUGGUGUUGAGAAACCAUUGGUUAACAACAAAGUUGUCACCAAUAUUGCCGAUGCAAGCGCUCCCACGAGAAGCGGUAGGGUUUUUGCUCAUGUUAAUCUUAGAAGUGGUAAGUGUGUGGUCGGGAGGCCCGACAAAGAUAAGGCUCCAUUGGUCAUUCCUAAGAGAAAACCCGUACAUGAUGUGGAUGCUGAAGAAUUUUUGCGCAUGAUACGAAAGAGUGAUUAUAAGGUGGUGGAUCAACUUCUUCAAACCCAAUCGAAGAUAUCGGUUUUGUCUUUGCUCUUAAAUUCUGAAGCGCACUACAGAGCUCUGUUGAAAGUCUUGGGGAAAAGCCUACAUAAACCCAGAUGUCACGGUUGA